AUGCCAAAACUCGAACAAUGGGAGAUCAAAAAGUACUGGGAAAUUUUUAGAGGUUUAAAGCCUCAAGACAACAAACUUAACGGGGAGAAACUUGCACCUGUUUUCAAGAACUCACGUCUUGAGCAAGAUAAAUUAACGAAAAUUUGGGAUCUGGCAGAUAUAGAUGCUGAUGGGAGCUUAGACUUUGAGGAAUUUUGCAUUGCCAUGAGGUUAAUUUUUGAUUUAGUAAAUGGUAAUACAACAAAUGUGCCAUCAAACUUACCAUCUUGGUUAAUCCCAGGUUCCAAGCGCCAUUUGUUGGAUGCCGAGGAAGCUGUUUCAACUAGGAUGAAUAAUGUGAAUGCUGGUAGUGAAAGUGACACUGAUGAAGAAUAUACACUGGAUUCUGAUUUUGAUUGGUACAUAUCACCCACUGAUAAAUCCACUUAUGAGGAUGUAUACAAUUCAUCUUGUGAUAAUUAUGGUAGAAUAAAGUUUAGCUCUUUAGAUGAUUUAUACAAAUCGUUAUCUAAGGUUCCAUUAACAGAUAUCAGUUAUGCUUGGAAUAUGGUUAAUCCAAAACAAUCCGAAACAAUUGAUAAGGAUCAAUGUUUAGUGUUUUUACAUAUUCUAAAUCAAAGAUCAAAUGGUAAAAGAGUUCCAAGAUCAAUUCCUGCUUCCCUCAGAGCUACUUUUUCAAAAGAAAUACCUGACUAUGAUCCCCAGUCUCAACAGGGGAACAUAUCUCAACCCGCAUUUAACUCAGAUACAAAAAGGGAAGAUUCUUUUGCAUCUGGCUAUCUCAAUAAAUUGGGUGCAUCUAAAAGUCCGCUCGUGUCAAACGGUACUGAUUUUUCCGAGACAAAAGGAACAGAUUGGGAGGAAGUUAAAUUAAGAAGGGAGCUUGAAGACCUCGAGCAAUUGUUGGAGAAGGCCGAAAUGGAAAAAAACAACAAGGGUAAAGACAAUCAUUUAGCUUUAGUGAAGCAUGAGUUUGAGCAGUUAUUAAAGUACAAAGAAGAACAAGUAAAACAAAUGGACAGUAAACAUGGAGGAGGGGUAAAUCUAGACUCUGCUAUUAGUAAUAUCAACUCCAUCGAAAUACAAGUGCAACAGUUAGAACAGUAUCUACAGUCUAAGCAAGAUGAGCUUUCAAGACUCAACAGAGAGAUUGAAGCAGCUAAGUAA